AUUUGUACUAUAGAGAAGUCGUUGUUGUGCUCGAGCAGCAAGUAGAUAUUUCUACGAAUAAAUAAUCAUGUAUUUAAUCUUAAAGAUAUUGAGUUUCUUGUAUCUUUGUGCAGGUGUGCAGUGUGUCCAUCAGGUGUCAUGGCUGCCCUGUCAGUUCACUGAUGAACACGUGUUUAAGAAUGAAGAGGGUCACACGGACACUCAGCUCAUCCACAGAGAGGCCCUGCUGCAGUUUGGUCUAAAAGGAGAUGCUGCUGUUAAUCCACAUGGAAUCACUUUCCUGAUUACUGUCUCUAAAUUGGACCUGCGGCGAUACUUGGAGGGAGUGGAGGCGGAGCAGUUGGAGUGUGAGCUGCGUAGGUACAGCACAGCGGGCAUCCAUGUUCGCUGGCCAGUGCUGGGGGCCCGGGAGUACAACCACUGGUUCAUCUGCACCCUGAAACACACCAACGGCCUGUUCAGAAUUACAGGCUUCCUCAGACACCCAUCGGACACAGCAGCCCCGGGACAGCAGGACUACAACAGCUGGACUCCCAUCGGGGACAGAGAGAUGCUCGUCACAACAACUGCCAUGGUAAUGAAAACACUAACUCCAUCAGUGAGAGCAGGCCUGGGCUCCAAACAGAAGCUCCACUGCCAGUUUGCUGUCGACCACCAUGGACCAAACUUCGAUGUGGAGUGGCUCCUGCAGCAACGUGGAGAGAGAACCAGCCUCUUCAGUCACAGCAGCCGCUCAGUACAGAGCAAGGGGUCCGGGGUCCUACAUAGGAGCCUGGCAGACGGGGACGCUUCCUAUACCCUUCCCUUCACCAAGUUGAGCAGUGAAGGGACGUACAUCUGUUCAGUGUCCGUGCUUCCACUGCUCGUCAGUACGGAUAUUGUUCUGCAAAUCGAAGAGGCUCCCAGGGUCUCCCUCAACGUUGGACCCACUCUGACGCUGCUGGAGGGCGGGGAGCAGAGGGUGACAUGUGAGGCAGACAGUUACUACCCUUUGGAUGUGGAGAUCGAGUGGUACAUGCAGGACCCGGCGGUGGCGGGUCAGAGGGUGGGCCCUCCUCUCCCCGAGAAGCUCCAGAACGUUCUGCUGUCCAGCCACAAACACAACAACGACAAGACGUACUCGCUGACGGCCUUCUUCUACCUGCGGGCUGCACUCAAGCACUCAGGAAGGGAGUUCACAUGCAGAGUAUCCCAUAAGUCCCUGAGGGUGCCCAUCAAAAAGAGCUUCACCCUGACUGUGGAGGAGCCAACCGGCUGGAUGUUUUACAUUGUCAUCUCGCUGCUGCUCACCCUGUGUGUGCCGUGUUACCUGUACUUAGCAAGAAGAAAAGCACGACAGAACCGACUAUACUGAGCAGCAGCCAUGGAAGAGUGAGCAGAUGAAGCGGUAACGGCGAACCUCCUACCUCGUCAGUUUGUUUCAGAGACUCAUUUGAUUGGUGUGUGUGUGUGUGUAUGUUUUAUGGUGAAGGUUUUGUUUUUGUUGUUGCAUAGAUUUUGCUCAUGCUAAAAAAACUUAAUAUUGAAUGAUCAAACAGGGGGAAAUGCAACAGUUUAGGGGUUCAUGCAUAGUAGUAGUACAGUAGUUUAAUAGAGCAACGCUUGUUGAUGCACAUGCAAAGUUCUGUACACAAGCAGCACAGCAAGCAAAUACUCCAAUACUGAAGGACAGCAAACAUGGAUGUAAAUAAAACACGAUUAAAACCGUUACGAACCUUGGUAUUAAAAUGGACCGUGAACUCAAACUUGAGAGUCAGAUUAAGUCGGUGGUAAAAACAAGCUUUUAUCACCUGAGGCAGCUAGCCAGAGUAAAACCUUUUCUCUCCAGACAGCAGUUUGAGACAGUAAUCCAUGCCUUUGUUACCACCCGGCUGGACUACUGUAACUCCCUCUACAUGGGGGUCAGUGGGUCCUCCCUCGCACGACUGCAGCGGGUGCAAAAUGCUGCAGCAAGGCUCUUAACUGGCACACGGAAGUAUAACCACAUUUCCCCUGUUUUAGCUUCUCUCCACUGGCUGCCAAUUUAUUUUAGGAUCCAUUUUAAAAUUAUUUUAUUUACUUUUAAAUCCCUAAAUGGCAUGACCCCACCAUACCUUGCUGAGCUGCUACAGCAUUACACGCCGAACCGCCCUCUCAGGUCAGCGGACCAACUGCUCCUGAAUGUGCCUAAAACCAGGUCAAAGCUCAGAGGGGACCGUUGCUUCUCUGUAGCGGCUCCCAAACUGUGGAACGCUCCGCCCCUGGAGAUCAGACAGGCCUCCACACUGCCUGCUUUUAAAUCGCUUCUUAAAACCCACCUCUUCUCCUUAGCGUUUUAACAUUUGGUGUUUCAACAUCUUUCAGAGUGUUGCUUUUUUGCAUUUAAAUUGUUUUUGUUUUUACUUGUACUUUGUUUGUUUUAUGGUGUGUGAGCUGAGCUGUGUUACUUUUUUGUAUGCUUUGUUUUAUCUAUUUGCCUGUACAGCACUUUGG